AUGCUAAUGCAUCAACCGAGCUGGAAGGUUGAAGUCAUUCCAGACAGCGAAGACGAAAGGCAAAGGGUGUCCGGUUCAAAGAUUAGAGCUCGUCAAGAGGUCAUUGAGAUAUCGUCUGAAUCGGAAGAUGAGAAAGAAGAACAGGACUCGGAUGCGGAAAGCACUUUCCCCGGAGCCUGGAGGCAAUCGAACAAGCCAGGUGGCAAGAGGUCCAACUUGGCCCCGAAGGCGUCAGGACAGAUAGCAAGGGGAACAUAUAUGCGUUCGCGGGUAAUCGAGAGCUCAGACUCGGAAACUUCAGAUCAAGAGGAAGGACUGCCCAAAGGGCAUACCCUGACCCUUACGAAAAAGACCUGGUCCGCGAGAGAAUCUACUGUCAAAACACCCAGCUCACGCGAGACGACCACUACCACCACAACGUUGUUCUCUUCGAAGCAGACUACAACAUCCCGUGUUGUUGAAGCUAAAUCCGAGGAUGCAGACGACGACGAUGCCAUCCUUGUCUUCGACGAACCUAAAUCCGCCCGGAAGCCAAUACCAAAGCGAACAUUACUUGGUUCGGAUUCCUCCAAUGGGUCCUUUAGUGUUCCGUCUACUCCUGGGCGAAUCUUUGGCCGGCCAGAAAUUAUCAACGCCACACCAGGCCCUCCUGAUCCACGUCGCACCUCACCCAGGAAACGCGGUGCUGGUACGCCCAGAGUUAGCAAGAAAAAGACUCGUGAAGAAGAGCAGGCAAAGCUUCGCGAGUAUGCCAGUGAGCUAUUCCAAGAACUAAACAGGACCGUGUUCAACAACGAGCUACCGUUUGAUACCAAGUUGAACUGGAACAAACGCUUAUUAACAACUGCUGGAAGAGCAAAAUGGCACAGAUCCAGGGAAGGCGUGCAGACAUCCGAGAUUGAACUUGCGGAGAAGAUUCUGACGUCCUCGGAGCGAAUCAGAAACACCCUGUCCCAUGAGAUGUGUCACUUGGCCUCAUGGGUCAUCGACAAAGAAAUCAAAGAGGGGCACGGGAGAUUCUGGAAGGCUUGGACACGAAAGGUCAUGGCCAUGUAUCCGAACAUCAACAUAUCGACCAGACACGACUAUGAAAUCGAAUACCCGUAUAAUUGGAAGUGCGCCAAAUGUGCCAAAAUAUAUGGCCGUUUCAGCAAGUCCAUUAAACCGGACGAAUGUGUGUGCGGUGCUUGUAGGGAAGGACGAUUGAUACCGCAAUUUGAAACAAGAACUCCCAAACCCAACACUCCUAGGAUUAGCCGAAUGGCUGCUGCAAAAGGCCAAGAUUCGCCGUGUGCGUCGCCUAUUCGCCCGACGCCCCCAAAUAAUGCGAAGCGUCCUGAAGUCAUCUAUAUCUGUUCCGAUUCAGAAGACGACUCGGUGCCCCUGUCUGGGAAAGCAACUUGCUGCGGGAUUGAUUCUUUGGGUACUGAUUCAGAGGACGAUAUCGAAGUCCUUGCUAUGACUUUGAAGUCCACCUCGUUGGCCGAGGCUGAUUGA